AUGCUUUCGGUCGGUCUAUCUAUCUAUCUAUCUAUCUAUCUAUCUAUCUAUCUAUCUAUCUAUCUAUCUAUCUAUCUAACAAGCCAGCUAACCAUGUUUAUGUCCAUCUGUCUGUCCUUGCUUCUAUCUAUCUAUCUAUCUAUCUAUCUAUCUAUCUAUCUAUCUAUCUAUCUAUCUAGCAAGCUAGCUAACCAUGUUUAUGUCCAUCUGUCUGUCCAUGCUUCUAUCUAUCUAUCUAUCUAUCUAUCUAUCUAUCUAUCUAUCUAUCUAUCUAUCUAUCUCAGCCUCUCACUUGUUUUUUUUUUUACCUUUUUACAUCUUUCUUUCUUUCUUUCUUUCUUUCUUUCUUUCUUUUCACGUAAUUUUCGUCUGUUUCUUCUUUUAUCUCUCUCUUUCUUUUUUACAGACCCCAAUCUUUCACUUUCACUGUCUUCCUUUCUAUUUGAAACUUGCCCUUUCUUUGUUGGUCUUCGAACACUUUCUUUCUUUUUUUUUUUUUCUUUCUUUCUUUCUUUCUUUCUUUCUUUCUUUCUUUUAUAUUCUUAUCGCUUUCUUUUGUUCCUUUCUUUCUUUACCUUUUUUCCUUCUGUCCAUUUUUUCUUUCUUUUUUUCUAUUGUUUUCUUAUCUUUGUUAUAGCUUUCUUUGUUUUUUUUUUGUUUUUUUUAUUUCCUUUACGUUCCUUAAUUUUUUUCUUUCUCUAUACCUUUCUUUCUUUCCCCAUUACUUUCGUUUUUUCUUUAUCUCUUUCUUCUUUCUUUUUUCUUUCUUUCCCUUUUACUUUCGUCUUUUUCGUUAUUAUCUCUUUCUUUAUUCUUUAUUGCGUUUUUUAUUCUUUGUAUCUUUCCAUUUUUUUCUUUCUCCACUUCCUCGUUUUCUUUCUUUCUUUCUUUUUUCUUUCAUUUUUACUUUUUUUGUCUUUUUCUUUAUUAUCACUUUCUUUAUUCUUUCUUUCGUUCUUUUUUCUUUCUUUCCAUUUUUCUCUUUCUCCACUUCUUCGUUUUCUUUCUUUUAACUUUCUUUCUUUCUCUAUUCCUUCCUUUCUUUCUUUCACUUUUAGUUUUUGUCUUUUUUCUUUAUUAUCACUUUCUUUAUUCUUUCUUUCGUUCUUUUUUCUUUCUUACCAUUUUUCUCUUUCUCCACUUCUUCGUUUUCUUUCUUUUAACUUUCUUUCUUUCUCUAUUCCUUCCUUUCUUUCUUUCACUUUUUAG